UGGGUCUACUGCUGCUCCAUCUCCCCAGACUGCAGCAUGCUCUGCUCCGUGGCUGGAGAGAAAUCGGCGCUGCUGUGGAGCAUGCGAUCCUACACCCUCAUCCGGAGGCUGGAGGGGCACCAGAGCAGCGUGGUGUCCUGCGACUUCUCGCCGGAUUCGGCGCUCCUCGUCACCGCCUCCUAUGACGCCUGCGUCAUCAUGUGGGACCCCUACACCGGGGAGCAGCUGAGGACGCUGCGCCACGUCCCCCUGCACUCGGCGCCGGACUACAGCAGCGAAGUCCACACCAGCUCCCUGCGCUCCGUCUGCUUCUCCCCUGAGGGCCUCUACCUGGCCACGGUGGCGGAUGACAGGCUCCUGAGGAUCUGGGCGUUGGAGCUGCGGUCUCCGGUGGCGUUUGCUCCCAUGACCAACGGCCUGUGCUGCAUGUACUUCCCACAGGGCGGUUUCAUUGCCACAGGCACCAGAGAUGGCCACGUCCAAUUCUGGACCGCUCCGAGGGUCCUCUCGUCGCUAAAGCACUUGUGUCGCAAAGCUCUGCGCACUUUCCUGACGACGUACCAGGUCCUCGCGCUCCCCAUUCCCAAGAAGCUGAAGGAAUUCCUCACUUACCGGACCUUUUAAGGCAGUGCGGAAAGCGGAGGCACGGAGGCGAGAGCCC